AUGCUUCCACAAAUACUCCUGAUUGGCGCCACUGGCCGCACCGGCCGUUUGGUCCUAGACGAAGCGUUGAAGAGGGGCCACUCCGUUACAGUUUUGGUUCGGAACCCAAACAGUGACUUGCCCCAGCACCAGAAUCUCACAAUUGUCACUGGUGACCCGUGCAAAGCUUCGGACAUUGGAAGUGCUCUCAGAGCCACCAAGUCAUCCAUUCCCAUUGUAAUUGUCAGCACUUUGGGGCAGACACGAACAUCAGGAAAUCCCUGGGCCGCAACGACAUCUCCAGGUCGCUUCAUGGAAACGUCAAUUGAAGCAGUGAUUUCAGGAGCGAAAUCAUCUGCUGAGCCAGCACGCAUCCAGAAAUUAGUUGUGAUGUCCAUGUUCGGGGCAGGAGACUCGUUCGACAAUCUGAAUUGUAUGAUGCAAUGGAUCAUGAAAUGCUCCAACAUGUAUCAAACCUGGGAAGACCACAAUCUGGUGGACAAGGCUGUCAGGGCUGGAGGACUCCCGUUUGUCAUGGUACGACCAGGAAUGCUCAAGGACACCGAUGCCAUUCCGCUGAAAUUUUACGGAAGUGAUGGGAAGGGGUCCGGAUUCAUGCCCAGUGCCAGCAUGAGAAGUGUCGCGGGUUUUCUGUUAGACGUGACAGUGGAUGAAGCGUACGACUGGAAGACACCCGUGAUAGCGAAUUGA